GCAGCGGCAACGGUCGAGAACUUCAUUGAUGUGCACGGAAUUGGGCAGCGAAGUGGCAAGUACUUGAAGCACCAAAAGAAGAGGGCCCCUCUGCUGGACCGUUCCUCGGUUUGCUACUACGCAGACUACAUCGCCUUGCCUCUCGACGACGCCCCCGUCACGAAAGCCUUGGCCAAGGAGAACAAGCUGCGCAGCAAUCCUCAGCACUCAAGUGCUUCGGCAGCCAAGUUCGAUGACAACACGAUGAGCAAG